AAAACAAGAAAACAUUCAAUCGAGAGUGAGUUGGUCGUGUAGUUGGCCAAAGUCAAGGUUGGGUAUGGACAAUAAUCGAAAGAGGACGGAAUCAAGGCGGGAGUGGGUUGAGGGAGCGACGAGCGUCGUUUGGAAGUGUAUUAUUGUGAUUGAUGGCGAUAAGGAUGAUGGAAAGGGUCUCACCAGACCUAAAGGCGAAUAGAAGUCCAGAGACAGGUAGUGGAGGUCAUUGGGGAGAGACCUGGCCACCGUCUGGUGAGAGGAAUGAAGAGGAAGAGAGAAGAGGGAAGAGGUAUCUUCCUUCUUCCUCCCUCAGUCUCCUCUCUCUCUCUGUCUCUCUCUCUCUCUCUCUCUCUCUCUCUCUCUCUCUCUCCAGUUGGCCGUUCGAAGGGGAAUUUCCCUGGGAGAGUCACGCGUCGGGAACGCUAAGCCUCUCUGGGAUCCAGGAGGUUGGACUUAUUGUUAUGGUUGUUUUUUUUUAUUUUGUGUUUUGUUUUGUUUUAUUUUCUUUGUGUUUUUAUUUAUAAAUAGGAUAUAAUUCUUUAGGAGAAAUAAGAGUCCAUCUAGAAUAAAUCUUUAUAGUACCUAGGUAUUGGAAAUAGAGACCAUGGAUGAUGUUGAGAAGUUGCGAGUAUGCAUGGUUAAUUCCUCAGGUUUCCACU